AUGCACGGCACAGUCUCUAUCCACCAGGGUCCCUAUGAAUCAAUCUCCGAAAACGUUCCGCCAGAUCUUCGAUUCCUCUCCCGCUUCCUACCAGCCGUGGACUCGGUCAAUCCAACCCAGGACCCCUUUGGUUCUUUUUUCAAAUGCAAUGCCUCCAUCAUCAUUGGCGGCAACCUUUGCAAACCGGCGCAGUCGGCCACACACUAUGAUCCCCAAAGUGAUUUUCUGUCCUAUUUUCACCGCCAUUUACACAUGGCCUGGGACUUGGACCUUACCAGCACAGGUUCCCACACUUUCGAAGAAAGUCAAACAUUCACUGAAAGCCCGAUCCGUGCGCCUUGGAUGAAGCAUACUGUGAUGUUCGAGGCAACAUCUGAAACGACGUUCAAAGAUGACCCAGAUCAGUUCCCCGUCAGAACCGGCGGAUUCAAUAUUCUCGACUUAGAAGGAACCAGCGAUACCGGUCUAGAAAUAAUUGGAACGCGCAUAUUCCUUGAUGCAAAGCCCAUACAAGCUCGUGCCGCUUCGUGGACAAAAUCACCGGCGUACGGCGAAUCGCAACGCGAGACUCAAGCGGAUUAA